AUGAAGCCAUCACUUUCUUCUGUUCUCCUACGUCUCUUCAUCAUCGUGACUACAUGCUCAAUCUCCUCCAUUCCUACAGUCGUCUCUGACGAUGUUGUAGACAUCAGCGGAGAGCUCGUGAGAAAUGGUGGGAAAUACUACAUCAUCCCGAUGGAAGGUAGUGACUACCCCGUCCCAACCACGCGUGGCAGAAUCAAGUUAACCGACAGUGUUGAUGGUGAGAAAAUUUGUCCACUUGACGUGGUGCUUGAUCCAUCGGAUGAUAAACUAGGAGACGGGUUCUACUUUUCUCAGCUUACUCGACAGUUAUAUCUCCAGUCAUCACGCAUCGGUAUUGAUUCUGGGCCUCCUGUGGGUGAAUGUGAGGCGUCGACAUCUUGGACCAUUUCGGAUGCUGAAGCAGAGGCUCCUUCAAACUUGAUUACAACUGGUGGUGGUUUUGUCGGAUUUUUUCAGGUUGUGAGGUAUAGGCCAAUAGGUCCAGACAGGGUGUUUAGGCCUCCUACCUACAUGCUUCAGUAUUGUCCUGAGACUUGCUUUAACAUAAGCCUUUACUCAUAUAACGGUGUCACACGUCUUGCUUCCGGUGGUGCUCCAUUUGAGUUUGGAACUCAGUCAUCAAUAAAUCCUUUUACCCCGCCGCGAUUGACAACAACCACUGUGAACUGCCGCUCAAUGGACACGCCUGUGCGGACCCUGGAUCUAGAUGCCGUCCUCUCCGAGUCAAAGAGGAUCUUCAGAGCCAACUACAGCCACUUCCUCGCCUUAUCUUUCCUCUUCCUCCCUCUCUCUUUCUCUCUCAUCAUCAACCCUACCCUCAGCCUCUCCGGCAACUUCUUCACCUCCGAUCACUUCCCGACGAUCACCUACAGUACAUACCAUGGUUUCUCCGGUAAGCCGAUCAAGUUCUUCGUCGCCCUCAACUCCCUAACCUUCUCCUUCUUCCCGCUCGUUUCGACCGCAUGUGUAGCUCUCGUUCUUCUCUUCCUGAUCUCGUUGACUUUCCUCCUGUUUGUUGGGGCAAUCGUUAUGUUGGGACAGAACCUCGGGUUUGUAUUAAUCGAUUACAACUCGAUUCACUUCACGUGGUUUUCAGCCGUCGUAGGUGCGACGUUAAUAGUAAUCAUACUUUAUGUCCACAUGAACUGGUCUUUGGCUUUUGUGGUCGUUGUGGCUGAAUCGAAAUGGGGAUUUGCGCCUUUGAUCAGGAGCUGGUAUUUGGUGAAGGGUAUGAGAUCAGUUUCGUUGUGGCUUUUGUUGUAUUUUGGGGUUUUUCUUGGGUGUACUGUGUGGGUGAAUUCCGACGCUCUUCAUGCGAUGAGUAGCCAAACCUAUGCAUUAUUGCCGAUGAUUCUUGGUUCGAGCAUGUUGAUGUGGUUUUUGCUAUGGAGCACUGCUGCCAACACUGUGCUGUAUAUGUACUGCAAGACUUUCCAUGGUGAAUUGGCCAUUAAGAUGGCCGAUGGGGUUGCUCACAACUACAUCAACUUGCCUUUCGAUGAUGAGAAAGCCCCUCAUGCACAUGUUGUCACUGUGGUCGCAGCUUGA